CCGCACACUGCGCCCCUCCGGAGUCGUCGGAGACGCCAUCUUUCCUACGUCCCAAAUAGCAGAACUCCCACGCCCGAGCUAAAGCCCUAAUCUUCUCUCUAUGAAAGCCCUAAUCCCUCGGUCCCUCUCCACCCAGACCUUCUUGCCGUCGCCCCUCUCCUCUCCUCGCUUCUCUGUCUUCUUCCUACACUCCGUCGCUGGCGAUGGAGCGCCGUCGCGGAGGCCGCAAUCCCAUAUCUUGCCCUCCUCGCCUGCCUCUUCCUCCCAGUCUUUUGCUUCUCCUUCCUCUUUCUCCUCCUCCUCCUCCUCUUCCUCCUUCUCGACGAGGCAUUACGAGGAGGAAUGCAAGAACGUGAAGGUCGCAGUGUUUUGGGACUUCGAGAACUGCAACAUUCCCGUUGGCGUCAAUGUUUUCCGGGUGGUGCACCGGAUCACGUCGGCCUUGCGUUCGAACGGCAUCAAAGGUCCGGUUACCAUUACCGCCUUCGGAGACGUGUCGCAGCUCUCUCGGACCACUCAGGAGGCUCUCGCCUGCACCGGGGUCUGCCUCACUCAUGUGCCACAUGGUGGUAAGAACAGCUCUGAUAGAUUCUUUAUGGCUGAUCUUGUCUAUUGGGUUUCACAAAACCCUCCUCCUGUCCAUUUCUUUUUAAUAUCUGGGGACAGGGACUUUGCAAACAUCCUCCACCGGUUGAGGAUGAGCAACUACAACGUACUGCUCUCCAGCAAGGAUGGUGCACCUGGUGUUCUCUGUAGUGCUGCAACAUUUAUGUGGCCUUGGUCUAGUUUGGUAAAGGGAGAGACUACUAUUGUCAAGCAUUUUAACCACCCACCUGAUGGAUUAUAUGAAUCUUGGUAUGGCCAUUACAAAGCUGUCCUGGAUGACCCUUUCUCUGACAUUGAACAGGCUACUAAUUCACAAUGUGAGGAAUCUAUGGAAUUAAUUUCUGAAACUAAGCCUCGCCCAGUUCCUAAGGCUUUAGUAAAUGCGAUCCGUCAGAUUUUAUACUCAUAUCCUGAAGGGUUGAAUCUCCCAGAACUUCGAGCUGAGCUCAAAAGGAUCAACGCAACUAUGGACAAGGACUUCUUCGGGUAUAAGAAGUUCUCACACCUUCUUGCCUCAAUGCCAAAUAUACUGAAGAUGAUACCCAAUCCAUCUCUUGAAGGCCAAUCACUUGUUGUCAGUACACAUAGAAAAAUAGCAGAUUCAGUGCCAUUGAGAUUUAAGCCGGUUCAAGAUGUGGAUGUUAGUGAUGGAGAGAAAAACGGUGCUUCGAGACAGAAUGGAAAACCACUCCCAAUUACUCCUCCAAGUAAUGAGUCAGAGCCUGCAUCUACUAUAUCUGAGACUAUUGCCCAUCAGAAAGAGAAUGACUCAGAUAGUGGUAAACAGAACUCCAGUCCCACUCAGGGACACCAUGCUGUAGAUGAGGGGAGCCUACUUGAAAGAAUUAAGGGUUUUAUUUUUGGACACCAGCACUGCAAAACAGAGCCUUUUUCUCCCAGUAAAGGGAAUGACAUGGAAGGCAGUGCCUAUGCUUCCACCUCUGAGCAUACAAACAAUACUGCAGCCGAAAAAGGAUUUGUGCAGAGGAUUAUAAAAACCUGGAGUUACCGUAGCAGUGGUCAGCGUGUUGGGGGAACUGAUAGCAUUUCUGGACUGGACUCCACUUCCCACGAGGAUUCUGGUGAGGCAAAAUCAAUUUGCAAGCCCACUGAGAAGUUGAAAUUUGAAGAUAAAGCAACACGGUCGAAGCAUAAUUUUUCCAAUCGGCCUAGUGCUAGUCCAAAUUCAACAGAAGCAAGUGAGUCAAUUUCAAAGGAUAAGACCAUCGAACAAUCUGAAACAUCCAUUGGUUCUCCAGAUAUGAAUCAAAGCUUCUUUAGCCAGAUUGGAAGCUGGUGGAUGUUCUGGAAAUCUGGAAAGGACCAGAAAAUUAGUUCUACACCUUAUGAAGAGGUUACCAAUUGCCAAGAAGAUGUUGCAUGUGGAAAGUCCAAUAAUGAUCUGGGUAAUAUCAUUGGUGAGACAGAACCUCAUGAUGUCUUUUCAAAAGGGCACUUUUGGGAUGCUCUAGAAUCAUUUUUGCUGACUUCGAAGGGAUCUGAGCUUAUUCUAAAAUCGAGAACAAGGGGCCAAUUGGUGCAUGGGUUUCAGAAGGAAGGCCUUUGGAUCCUUAAAGAUCUCACGGAAGCCCAGAUUUUUCAGCUGGUAAAUCUGAUAAUUAUGGAGAAGAAAUGGCUGGAAGAGUCAACUUCUCAGAUGUUCCCUUUUAGGCUCUCUCUUGCUUCUAAAAGAAAGUGUGGUUCAUCACAUGUGCUUGGUUCCAGUGGUUUAAGUUCUCUUUUCACAGGCAGAAUAUCAAAACCUAACACACACAGGCAAGUUGAGCAGGAAACAUUGGAUCAAAACCCUGGAUGUUUUAGGAAUGGAUUCGACAACACUUUAGAUGCUAAGCCACCCCAAAAUUUUGUUGAGUUGAAAGCAUGGUUUCAGAAAGCAGCAUAUAAGGGUCCUGAGGAUGUUGAACCUGAGGAUUUGCAAAAGCUUUUUGAGAGCAAGUUCAACACAAAACUCAUUUCUUCUGUUUAUGGCUAUCCAAGUCUGCGAAGUUUGAUUGCAGCUUGCUUAACUGAUGUUGACUUUUCCCAUGGAAAAAGAAAAUCAUCUCCAAGCAGAGAAGAAAUACUAUCUGAUUGCCACAAACUCUUGCUUGAGCUUUUUGAUGAAUAUCCUGAAGGUUUUAACAUGAGCAUCUUCAAACCAACAUUUAUGCAAAAGUAUGGCUAUAUCCUGGAUUUUCAAAUGCUUGGCUACCCCAAGCUUGCAUCUUUGUUACAGAUAAUGCCUGGGGUGAGGAUAGAAUCCUCUUUUAUUAUACCUUCUGAAAGAUUCUGCUCAGAUUCUAGCUGGAGUAAGCAGCCAAUCGUCGGAACACUUGAUCAUAGUUCACCAGAUGACAAAAGCAAUUCCAUUAACAAGGACAGUAAAGGUGAUAGCACCGCUGAAGACUAUGCAUGGGAGGAACUAGGCCCUUUGUCCGAGACAGUUAAUCAUGGUGGUAAUACUGUUGCUCAGGUGAAUGAUAAGAAGGUGAGUUAUGAUGAGGCUUCUCUUUCAGAUGAUGAAUUUUCUGAUUCUGAGGGUGAUAGUCUCUCCCAAUCUGGUGAACUGGAAUCAAAGUCUAAAAGACGUGGAGAGGACAGCUCUCUUCUUCAAAUCCUUGAUUCAUGGUACGGUAGUUUGGAAGGUAAUGAGAAGGAUCAAGCUCAGGCUGUUGAUGGUCAGGUGGGUUGCUCCAAGAUCAAAACCAUGGAACUCAACCCUAUCAAUGAACAAAAAGUGAAAGCAAGACCCACAAAACGAUAUUGUUUUGUGUCGAAAUCACCGAAUGAUGAGAAGGAAAAGUUGGUGGAUAACAUUUUGGGUAGUCUGAAGAGAGCUGGAGAUUCGAAGCUACAUAGUUAAAGAAACUUCAUCACAUUUUGGGUAGUCUGAAGAGAGCUGGAGAUUCAAGGCUACAUAGUUAAAGAAACUUCAUCUAAAUGUUGCUGUUUUAGUGAUUAUAUCAUUAGCUUUAUGCUGCCGAUCUAUGUUGAACUGCCGAUAAGAUACACGGACUUUCACCAAAGCAAAUUCGGUGGGUGGUCUGAUUCUUGUGCCCAACCUGGCACAAUAACCUUUGGUGGUGUUACAUACAACAAAAUGCACAUCCGACGAGUUGAUCAUGCGGACAUUGGGUGUUUUUAGCAGAUACAAGUACUUUCAGUAAGUACACCAGUUCAUCAUUCAACCUAAUUCUACACUAGAGAGAUAUUCUUUGAACAGGUGGGUGAUUUCUGUCUUGAGAGAGUUUCUCAUGAGGCUUUUUGAUGUGUAAUACUGCAAGCAGAUUAUUUAUUUUGGCAGGUAAAAUAAUUUUAUUGCUUAGCAGAACAGAGAUAACCCACACCAAAGAAGUACCAACUAGCUAUAAGUUCCCUCUUCCAGAAUGCAAGCCAAACCAAUCACAGGGGGUACAACUGAUCCAAACAUCAAAAUAGUGGAAACAAUACCCAAAAAAAGCCAGAUGCCACCACAUAAAGGACUCUCAUCAACAGCUUCAUUAUCCUGACUUCAGCAGCAUCAACGAACUUUGUAACUGGAUUGCUGUGAGAACUUGUAAUGAAACAAAGCAUUCGAGGAACGUGAUCCUCUAAGAACUUGAGGGUUAGGCUAAAGUCCCAUCUGAAGCAAACUGCAGCAAUUGAGCACGCUCAGCUCAGGUGUUUACUUGCAGACAUUCAUUUGUGGAGUAGAUGAAUUUCCUAUUGCUCAUAAACAUUGUACUAUUUCUAAUGCCAAGUGAAACACAUAUAAUAGGAGAUCAAGUUUUAUAUGCCCAAAGGUAAUAAAUAAUUAACUAUUUUUUUUGAAACAG